AUGCGUGUGGCUCACCACCUCGUUGAGUGGGUCCGCUAUUCACGUUACUCUCAUUUACUGGGAAUCGCACAGCUCAUGUGGUUGGUGCUACUCAUUGCGCACUAUAUGGCGUGCUUAUGGCACGUUGUAGCUGGUCACCACACCGGAAAUCAGGGAGAGAUGUCCAUAGGGGAGCAAUAUAUGGCCGACUACUACUACGCUGUUAGUCUCAUCCAGGGACAAGGCAACGGUAGUGGCACAUGGGAGGAAAACAUGUACUCUUCCGUCGCUAUCAUCAUCGGAUCUGUUAUUGUGGCUAUUGUGUUUGGCAACGUCGCCAUGCUCGUAUCCAAUUUCAACGCCAACGAAACCAAUUAUCAUCGCAAGAUGGAGGCUGUGUAUGCUACGAUGGACAAGAUGGGUCUGCCUUUGGAGCUUCGUGCACGCGUCAAUGAAUACUACACACACGUGUGGUUGGAAUAUGAGGCAUUGGACGGGAGUAUUAACAAGUUCCAGCAGGAACUGACACAUACUCUUCGUAUAGAGAUCGGACUGUAUAAAUUUAUGAACUUGGUCGUGAAGAUCCCCUUCUGGGAGGACUGUACGCCCGAUUUCCUAACGCAGAUCGUGCUGAAUCUCGGUGUUCGGGUGUAUAUGCCUGAUGACUAUGUGGUUCGUCGCCGUGAAAUUGGAAACGAGAUGAUGAUGAUCAAUCUCGGGUACUGUAAGCUGUCGAAACCGAGAAAGCGUCUGGCCGAUGCCGUUGAUAUUGUCCAGCAUGAAAGCUCUCCAGUAAGUGGUAGGCCUGUCCUGGCUCGGCAAAAUACUGCAACUGACAGCGAGUUAGAAUGCUAUGACGGUAGCGACGAUGAAAACAGCGAGUGGGACGAGGAAAUGUCCGAAGAUGAUUCGGAGGACGAAUUGGCAAUCCAGCCGCGCCGUGCUACUCUAAAUGGCCGCGGAUCUGCCUUUGACCUCCUUAUUAGGAAGCAAAACUCUCAAAAGAAAUUUGACCCCUCUCAACCACGGCGAAGUAGUAAUCCCAGUAGUGCACGUAUAAAGCAAGAGCCGACAUUCGUCUACCUUAAGCCAGGUCAAGCAUUUGGUGAGAUGAGUCUGCUUAUGAACUACAAGCGACAAGCUAGUGUCCGUGCUGUCACGUUCAUGGAGAUGUGCGUUCUAGACCGCAAAACGUUUCAGCAGAUUAUUUCACGCUACCCAGAAGAUCGACGCAAUGUUUUGACAAAAAUGCUCGAGAAUUGCAUCGAGAAGAAAGAGAUUCCAUUACCUUGGGAGAAUAUCAUCGAAGCUGUGACUGCAAAUCGUCGUAAAAAAGGGUAUAAAGACACCUCUCGAGCCAAUGUGGUUGCGACGAUAACUUCAGCUGAGGCAGCUAAAGUCUUGGUCAAGGCGAUCGAUGUCAAUGUGCCGGACGAAUCCAUCAAGUACGGCUUUCAGAGCUUUGAUCACGCUUUUGUUGACGAUUCCUCAAUUCGCCGAGUGAAUUCUGUACGAGCCAAAAUCCGAGAUACUCUGCAGCGUUCUAACAGUGAAGUCACCAGUCGAGUCAGCUCUUUUCGAUCGAAUUCAAGUCGGAAUUUGACUAUAGACAGCAGUAGAAGUGCAACGUGUGAAUUGAUGGAUCAAGAUACUGAACCGCCGGAGGGAUCAACUAAAAGUGGAGAGAACUCGGAUAAGACGCUAGAAAAUAUCCUUUCGCUUCUCCAGAGGAUGUCAAAGGAUAUUGGUAAAUUACAGCAGGAUAUGAAAGAAGUGAAGAGUCAACAUUGCUAUCAUGACAGGGACUGUGAAGUGCUAGGAUAUAUUCGAUCCUUAUCGGCUAACGUGAAGUACACACCCGAUAGUAUCGAAACAGUCAAGAUGAAGAGUGAAACUGCGGCAGAAUCGUUCGAUCACGUAGAGCUUCAUUCUAAAGUAUUUCCAGCCGAAUCGUUAAAACCCAGCGCCCCUCCCGUGGUAUCAGCAAGUCUCGAAUAUGAAUCAAGAACCCCCUAUCCCAGUCGCGUUGACGAUAAUACUACCGCAGGAGAUCGAACACCGGAUAAUGCUUCUCAACGGGUGCAUGUUACGUCAGUCCACAAGUCUGUUAUCCCCACCGAAAGCAAGCGGCUGUUGCGAAGUCCUCACUAUGAGCGUCGUCACGCUAGUCUUUCUAAGCGUCGGAGCUCGGGGCGGUCGUCACCUCUUGCUGAUCUGCUGUGGAAGCGAAAUCACGCAUACAAUGACCAGGCAAGAGACUCGGCCAAGGCAAGCAGACGUCAGCGCCAGCUCAAAACGCGACACAGCAUGCCGGCGGGUGUUGUGGCUGAUAUAACACAAACUGAAACAAACGUAACACAGCCACAUGAAGGUAUGUUUGGCAUCUCCACCGAUAACGACACUGCAACACAGCAACCUAAGCGCCAUCGUGGUUAUGCACAUUUCGGCCGAGUUUCUUCAAACAUGGAUCCGCGAUUUCUCAAGAUCGAUGAGUAGCCUCGCUGUAGUCUUUAGAGUGGUAGUUAUAAGGCUUGAUCGCAUCAGCGUCACCGGAUCUGGGCAUCAUCAUUAACCGGUAUCAGAGGCAAUGUCCACCAUUGUGAUCGGACACACAGGAUAACAAACCGUAGGAAAGAUCACUAGUCUUGCCAG